ACCUGAAUACACAACCCUAAUGUGACUGCACCUGCAACCUUCUUUUUUCAACAAUUGCUCUACUGUACAGUGAUCACUGUGAUCAAAAUCAGCUAAAGUCAGCAAAUAUGUCGUCUGUAGAAUUGAAUCCUAGACCUGUACGAGUUUCUCCUUUAAUAAAGGCUUGUCGAUGGACCUUUCUUGUAACCGGGAUAGUCUACGGGAUUUAUAAUCAUAACAAAUUCAGUAAGAGGGAAGCAAUGCUUCGAGAAAUAGAGGAACGAGAGAGGCCUGCAAGAGAAGCAAAACUUGCUGCUGAGAAGAAAAUCCAGCUUGCAGAGGAAAUGAAGAUGUUUGAUGAAUUGUUACAACCUGCAAAAAAGUAAAGUAAUCAUAUUAUUAAGACUAGUGUAAAAAUACAGUUAAUAAAGUAAUUCUAAUGUUCUCGA